AGAAUCUCCAGGCCAGUUGCAAUUUGUCCGGCAUGCUGAAGCUUACUCUGAUCGUUUGGCUUCUCUUCUCACUGGCCUGGCGCACCACUCCCACCAGCUGCCGCCAGACGCGUCCGCCGCAGACCAUACGCCAGCUGCUGGCCACCCAAUUGCAGAGCUACAUGGACACCACAGCGCGUCCCUGUGAGAAUUUCUAUCAGUAUGCCUGUGGCAACUGGCAGCUACAGCAGGAGCAGCCCGCGCAGCACAGAGACCGGGAAAAGGAGCGAGAACGUGAGCAGGAGCAGCUGCUGCCCAGCGAUACGUUGGGCGUGCUCGAUCUCAAUUUGAAUCGACAGCUGGAGAUGGCACUGCGACGCUCCAAUGAGAGCACCACGGAGGAGGAGCCACCCAUCUACGAUAAGCUGCGUCUCUACUAUCGCUCCUGCAAGCGGCUGAAGCCGUACAACCUCAAGAAGUACCUGCAGCUGCUGCCCCCAGGGAAUGGCACCCACUGGCCGCUGCUGAGUCGCAGCUGGCGGAGGGAAAAGUUCCAUUGGCUGACGACGAUCGGCAGACUGCGCCUCCAUGGCCUGAAUGGAGUGCUGCUCAAGGAGCAGGUGCUGCCGCGCUGGGACGACUCGAGUGUCUACUCCAUUUACCUGGAUAAGCCGAGUCUGGUGGAGACGCUGCCCAUGGGCGAGGGCGCCAUGAUCGAGCUGCUCCUGGACAUUGGCCAGACGAAACGAGUGGCGAAUGCGUUGGCGCGGGAGGUGGAUGACUUUGAGCGGCGGCUGCAUCGCCUGCAGGAGCUGGAGGAUGACGAGGGUGCCAAGGAAAUGCAGCUGGGCUAUCUGGCCGAGUAUCUGCCGGAGCUCAAGUGGCUGCCGUUCAUGCGGGAAAUACGCGUGGACACCGAACCCGAUGUACGCUCCACGCUAAUCAUCCAGAACAUUCCCUACAUGAGGGCGCUGCACGAGUUGGUGGAACGCCAGCAGCCAUACACCAUCUGCAACUACAUAAUGCUGAAGUUUCUGGCGUACCUCAAGCAGCAGGGUCCAGCGGAGAUCUCGCGGGGCGAGUGCGUGGCCAGCAUGAGACGUGCCAUGCCGCUGGCCAGCAGCUGGAUGAUCGGGCAGCGGCUGUACGAUCCCGAAGCCGAGCAGGAUGUGGGCUCGCUGUUUCAGCAGCUCAAGCGGAGGUUUGCCCACAUCCUCGAGGAUAAUCGACUGCAGCUGGCACCGCCCAUUGUGCAUGUCCUGCAGGAGAAGCUACGCGCCAUGCGCCUCCAGCUGGGCUUUGUGCAGAUGAACGACUCUGGCUAUGUGGAGGAGUAUUACCAGCAGGUGGAGCUGAAUGGCCACAACUUUUAUGCGAAUCAGCUGAAGCUUCUGCGCCUGCGCGUCGAGAGGAAUCACGAGCUGCUGCUCUCGAGCACAGCCACAGAUCUGGGCAAUGUCAGCUACCUCACGGAGUCCUGGCUGGCCAGCAGCUCCUCGCCGUUGUAUGUGAAGCCUCGGAAUCUCGUGCUAAUGCCCUAUGGCCUGCUGCAGCUGCCCGUGUGGCAUCGCAACACGAGCUCUCUGCAGACUCAUGCCGUUCUGGGCUUCGCCCUGGCCCACGAGCUCAUCCACGGCUACGAUGCCUCGGGCAUUGACUAUGAUGGCCUGGGCAACAUCAUGGGACCCAGCGAGGAGAUUGCAGGCAAUCAGCGUUUCAUCCAGGGUCUGCGCUGCAUGCAACAGCAGUUGGCCACUGGCUCCAGGUCGCUCAACGAGAAGCUGGCUGACUAUGAGGCACUGCGUCUCGUCUACGAGACCUUCUUUGGGCUGAAGCCAAAGCCCCGGGAGCCGCGUGAUCCGCUGCUGUCGCAGUUUAGCCAGCGGCAGCUCUUCUUCAUCAGUUUUGGGCAAUUCUUUUGCGGUAAAAUGCCGGCCCUCAGCCUACAGGCGCAAUCCCACCUGGAGCACGCCGUCGACGAGCUGAGAGUGAUGCAAACGCUGGCAAAUUUUGAGGAUUUCUCUCGGGAAUUUGGCUGCGAGAAGCGCACCAAAAUGCAGGCCAAGCAGCGCUGCAGGGUCUGGUAGCGACGAGUUCACCUUUAGCAUUAGUUUCAACACAAAUAAAUAAGGCCCAAGAAAGUGUAAUUUC